AUGCAUUGUGACAUUGUCCUUCCUGUGUUUCAUGUACUUAUGACUGGGAGAAAAGAAGGUAUUUACGUUGCUAUAUUUAGAAAAAUUAAAGAAAUUUUAAGUGACUUUCAACCACGAAUUUCUAUGGCUGACUAUGAAGCAGCAAUAAGCAGUGCCUUGAAGGUUGUCUUCCCUGAAAUAAGAUUGACUGGUUGCCGGUUUCAUUACGGCCAGGCAAUUUUAAGAAAUAUCAAAUCUGUUGGUUUUCAAUCUGAGUACAUCAACAACCCUGGAAUUAAGAGGUGGGGCCGGAAAUUUGUUGCCAUGUGCCUCUUGCCUUGUGUUCUCAUCAGAGCAGAAGUAGAUUUACUCAAAACAGAAAUGAGUCGAUUUGCAAACAUUGAAACUCGUAAAAAAAUGAGAAAGUUUGUGUAUUACUUUGAGAAGUAUUGGAUGACAACACAAACCCCAGCUUUUUUUUCUGUGCAUGGACUUCAAUUCAGAACCAGCAAUGUCUCGGAAUCACUGCAUUUAAAAAUGAAUAGAUGCAUGGCUGCUCGUCCUAGCUUCUGGAGGUUUCUAGACAAUAUAUAUCAUCAGGUAUUGCCAUAUUUAAAUGAAUAUUGCAAAGGAUAA